AUCUGAUAAUUUUUCUUAUACAUUCAAUGUGCAGAUCUGAUUAAGAGGCCUAUAAAGGAGCUAGAAAUUUCCUCUGAUUUGUAGCCAUCUUUUGAUAUGAGUGCAAAAGUGUCUUCAGAGGCUGGUCUCUCGGAUUCUGUGGAAUCAAAGGUACUGGGGUUGCACAGCUCCGAAGUGGAAGAACAAGCUUCAGAGAAAUCUUCCAGAGAUGGAAAACCCGUCGAGCUCUUUAGGAGCAGACAGGGUCAGAAGGUCUUGACCUUAGCUUACUUCGUGUUGGUAAUGACCGCUUUUGUCGAAAACUUUGCCAACGAUUCCACUUCGGGUCUUAGUUCUUAUGCCACUUCCGAGUUCAAUGCUCACUCGUUGAUUGCAACCGCUGCCGUGGUUUACAAAAUUACUGCCAUCGUCACCUAUCCUAUCAUGGGAAAAUUGCACGAUUUGGCAGGCAGAUCCCAAGGAUUUGGUUUCGCCGUGUUGCUUUAUACGCUUGCCUAUGUCUUGUAUGCUUCGUGCCAAAACGCUGAUACUUACGUGUGCGCAGAGAUUUUUUUUGCAGUAGGUAAGGUUGGGUACAGGGUUUUCCAGCAAGCUUUUAUUGCUGAGAACAGUUCUUUGAUCAACCGUGGGUUUUUGUCCCAGUUGCCAGAUGCUAUUGCCGGUGUGCCCAGUUUAUACGUGGGCUCUGUCAUUCAAGAUGCUUAUAUGGCUCAUACAGGCUGGAGGUGGGGUUACGGCUCUUUUGCUAUCAUCAUGUUCGUGGCUUGCAUUUUGUUGACUGCUUUCAUGUACUAUGUGGAUACCAAGACCAAGCAAGAUGGUAACCAUCGAAUGAUUGAUGCAUUCAAGGACUUACCCGAAGGUCCCUGGUACAAAAAGACUGCCUAUUUUUUGUUCGUCAAGUUGGAUUUGUUUGGCGGUGCUUUGAUGCUUGUUGGUAUGUGUCUUGUGUUUGUCCCUUUGACACUUACCGGAACUAAAUCAUCUUACAAGUGGCAUGAAGCUAAGUUAAUUGCUAUGGUGGUGGUUGGUUUUGUUAUCUUCGUAACAUUUUUGUUAUACAACGCCAAGGUUCCCAAACACCCAUUUCUUCCCAAGGGGACUAUGACCUCCACCAUGAUUAUUGCAUGUUUAAUUGCAAGUUGUGAUUGGUGUUGUAACUCUGCUUAUGCCACUUACAUGAAGACAGUUUUACAGGUGGGGAAGUACGUUUCGGUUGGUGAAGCCACUAGAAUUGAUGACUCGAAGAAAGCUUGCUUGCAAAUAUUCAAUGUGGUUGGCGGUGUGUUGAUGAAAUAUACCAAGAGAUCUAAGAUUUUCAUUAUUACUAGUAUUCCAAUCUAUUUCAUGGGCCAAGUGCUUGCGGUGUGCUUCAUCAACUACCAUGGUGGUGUUGCUGACAGAGGUCUUCUUUAUAUGUUCGAAGUUUUCAUCGGUGCUUCCCGGGGUAUCUACACAACCGCUUUGCAAGUAAUCAUUCAAGGGGUUGCUGGAGAACAAGGAAUUGCCAUGUCGACUGCCUUCUUCUUGGCCUUCUCUUCCGCAGGUUCACUUAUUGGAAGCGCUAUUUCUGGUGGUAUCUGGAACUCGGUUGUUUUGCAAAAGCUUGACAAGUACUUGCCAGAAGCCGAAAAGGCCAAUGCUACUAAGAUCUACAAGUCUCUUCCUGUUGCUCUUAAGUACAAAAAGGGAACCCCUGAAAGAGAUGCCAUUUCUUUGGCUUAUAGAGAAACACAACAGAUCAUUGGUUGGGUUACUUUGGGGAUUCUUGUGCCCAUGCUUGUCUUGAUGUGGUUUGUCAAAAAUAUCAAGUUGACCGACCAUGUCGACAUCUACCAAACUGACUCUGAACUUGAGUCUACUUUGGAUGAAAAGGUACAACCUAUAGAAGUUGUCGCCACUAGUGAGGAAAUUCCUCGCUCUCGUAAGCAAAAGUUCUACGAUUUGAUUGGGAUUUAAGUAAUAGAAUAUGGGAUGAUAAAUGUAAUUCAUUUGUAA